GACGGCGGCGCCGCGGGGCGCUGCCCCCCCGCCCCGGUCCGGGCGCUGCGGGGCCGCCCCCUGCCUGCCCCGGCGGGCCAUGGCGCGGCUGCUGCUGCGCUGCCUCCUGCUGGGGCUGCUGGCCGGCCGCGGGCAGCCCGGCGGCGGCGAGUACUGCCACGGCUGGCUGGACGGGCAGGGCGGCUACCACGAGGGCUUCCAGUGCCCCGAGGGCUUCGACACGGCGGCCGCCACCAUCUGCUGCGGCUCCUGCGCGCUGCGCUAUUGCUGCGCCGCCGCCGAGGCGCGCCUGGAGCAAGGCGGCUGCGACAACGACCGGGAGCCGCCGGACCCGGGGGUGGCCGCCCAACCAAUCUACGUUCCAUUCCUCAUUGUUGGAUCAAUAUUUAUUGCCUUCAUUAUCGUGGGCUCUCUAGUAGCGGUUUACUGUUGCACAUGUUUAAGACCUAAGCAGCCGUCACAGCCAAUACGAUUUUCCCUGCGGAGCUAUCAGACCGAGACUCUUCCCAUGAUCCUGUCCUCGACAAGCUUCAGGACACCAUCGAGGCAGUCCAGCACUGCGACAAGUUCCAGUUCAACCGGCAGCUCAGUUCGCCGGUUCUCCUUUCCCCGGGCAGAGCCAGGGUGCCUUGUGGCAUCACCACCUCCACCGUACACAUCAGGCUGCUUCCAGACAGCCCAUGCAGUCCACCUGACCCAACCGUCGGGAUUUCUGGUGUCGCCGCCGUACUUUGGGUAUCCUCUCCAGCCAGAGCCUGCUGUGGCUGGGAAGAGCUGCUCUGAUUUUAGUCAGAGCUGAAAGGAGUUGUCAAGAAAUGACACAGCUUUUGGAAGCACAGGGACUGCUGCUGCUGGGUGUCACGCUGAGAUGCUGUGGGGUGGCAGAAGGCAGAACUGUUCCCGUGGGUGAGUUGCCCUUGAAGAGUGCAAGGUCUCAUUUCGGAUCUCAUUUCCCAAAUUUGGAUCACACAAAUGAAUCGUAAAACAUUCCAAACUUACUUGCUCUAAAAACUGACUACUCUGAGUGUUCAGUCUAAUUUGUGCAGAACUUGUUCAGAGACAAGUAGAAAGACCAUUUUGGGAUAAAGUUACUAAUUUAACAGCAUUAUAAAUGAUAUUUUAACCCCAGAUACUAUUAACUUGGUUAACAAAUGGUGACUGUGUUCCACUGAUAAUAAUCAAACUAGUUCUGUAAAGCAGCAAUAACCCUGAGAAGUGAGAGAUGAACUGAACUAAAAGGAAGAGUUUUCAGAUCCUGAAAACAGCCGACUGCUUCCCACUUCCAUGAGCAAUGAAAAUAAGAGGGAGUAUUUUACUAUAGAUAUCAGAAUACGUGGGUUUUUAAAACACACAUAAUAUACCUGAACUUACACUGCCUAUUUGUGUUAGUAAACUUUAAUUACGAUAGACAAAACUAGUACUAAUUAGGCUAGUUGAAAACAUGCCAAUCCCAAGCAGCCAAAUAAUUGUCUGUGAGAAAAGGAGAAUGUAUUCAGCGAUAUCGCCAACAACUUCUCUGCAUAACAUUCUAAAAAUGGCAUUACAUUAAAGCAUUCUUCAGAAGAAAGUAUUUAUUGUUGCCUUUUUGCUCAACAACAUGUUUAAGUUGGACAUAGAGUUCUAUUUGUAAAAUUAGCCAUGUAUAAAAUGUAAAGACAACCUUGUAAUUUAAAACGUAUUUACAGCGUUGACAGCACUAAUUAUUUAGUAGUCACACCCACAAAAAGUUAUCAAUAAACUAU